AUGUCGUCAAAACCGCCCGGCCCCAGUGGCAUAGAGAGCCAAUUCGAGUUCAUUGAGACUCCGAAAGCUCCUGCUGCUACUUUUCAGACUCCCGAACCUUGUGGUGUGAGGACAACAUCUUAUCCAUCGAUCAAGAAUGCUCCUCUCCCUGCUGAUGGUGCGGGCGCCGAUAGCUUCUCCAAUGUUGCUCUCAUCGCCAUCAUCGCAAUCGUACCAACAUACAUGGCAUGGAAAAUGGGUGGGGGUCUAAAGACCUCCAUCUUUUUUGGCCUCAUCACGACAGUGCCGAUCCUAAUGGCUUUCUUUACCUUGUCGUCGAUGUUCAGUCCUCGCAAGAACGAGAAGGCUAAAUUACCAGGACGCCCAGUUGAACACUACCUUACAUUCAAAAACGAAGCCGAUAGACUUAAGUACAGCGGAAGGAACAAGAUUCCAAUGGAGACAUUCCAUAACAUGUACUUCGGUGGCGAAGUUGAUUUCAAUGGGGAUUGUUUGGAGGCCCUGGAGUACAGACAUGACUGGGCCAGCUUUACCUUCACCCUCAGCUUGUUCAAAUUCAUCUUUUUUAGCUUUGCACCAGAAGUUAUCAUGCACACCCGCUCGCAAGAUGAGGAACAAGUACGCGACCAUUACGAUCGCGGUGAUGACUUUUAUGGAUGGUUCCUCGGGCCACGUAUGAUCUACACAUCUGGCAUCAUUUCCGAUGUCAACAAGGAAGAAACUCUUGAGGAGCUUCAAGACAACAAGCUCGCUGUCGUCUGCGAAAAGAUCGAUCUUCAACCUGGCGAGAAUCUGUUGGACAUUGGUUGUGGUUGGGGUACACUUACCAAGUUUGCCAGUGUCAACUACGGUGCCAAAGCUACCGGUGUUACACUUGGCCGCAACCAGACAGCCUGGGGUAACAAUGGGCUUAGAAAAGUUGGCAUCCCCGAAGAGCAAAGCAAAAUCCUCUGCAUGGAUUACCGUGACAUUCCUAUUCCCGAGGGCAAUUAUGACAAGAUCACCUGCCUUGAGAUGGCAGAGCACGUCGGCAUUCGGCACUUGACUGGCUUCAUGAGACAAGUCUAUGAGAUGCUGAAUGAUGAUGGUGUCUUCUUUAUCCAAGUCGCUGGUUUGAGAAAACCUUGGCAAUAUGAGGAUCUCAUGUGGGGGCUUUUCAUGAACAAGUAUAUCUUCCCCGGUGCGGAUGCCUCCACACCUCUGGGCUUCUACAUUGGCUCGUUGGAAGCUGCUGGUUUCGAAGUCAAGAGCAUCGAUACUAUUGGUGUUCAUUACUCAGCGACGCUCUGGAGAUGGUACCGCAAUUGGCUCGGCAACCACGAGAAGGUUGUUGCCAAAUAUGGCACCAGAUGGUAUAGAAUUUGGGAGUUCUUCCUUGCUUACUCCACGAUCAUCUCUCGUCAAGGUGGCGCAACAUGUUAUCAAAUCACUCUUGUGAAGAACAUGAACUCCACUCACCGUGCUGAUGGCAUCCCAACCCAGUUCGCCCUUUCCAGCGCACUUAAUGCAAGCAAGGCCGCUGGCAAGGCCGCCUUCCCAAAGAAUGUGCAGUAG